GGCUCGAGGACGUCUUCGCAGUACAUACUCCUUGUAGACAGUGUGCUCUUCCGUCCAUUGGCGGAGCGGAACAGUAUGCCUGAUCAGCUGCGAUUCGAUGGACAGGUGGCAGUAGUCACAGGGGCAGGAGGAGGUCUUGGCCGCGAGUAUGCCCUGCUGCUGGGAGAGCGCGGCGCCGCCGUCGUGGUCAAUGACCUGGGCUCCAGCCGCGACGGUCAGGGCCAGAGCUCCAAGACGGCCGACAGCGUGGUGCAGGAGAUCCGCGACAAGGGAGGCAAGGCGGCGGCCAAUUAUGAUUCGGUUGAAGAAGGCCACAAGAUCAUAGAGACGGCCAUCAAUGAGUUCGGUAGGAUUGACAUCCUCAUUAACAAUGCUGGUUUUCUACGCGACAGGAGCUUCAUGAAGAUGGAGGAUAUCGACUGGGACCUGAUCCACCGCGUGCACCUGCGGGGCGCGUUCAUCACCACGCGGGCAGCGUGGCCCCACUUCCGGCGGCAGAAGUACGGUCGCAUCGUGCUCACCUCGUCCGCCGCCGGCCUGUUCGGCAACUUCGGCCAAGCCAACUACAGCGCCGCUAAGAUGGGCCUGGUCGGUCUGGGCCAGACGUUGGCCGUCGAGGGCCAGAAGCACAACAUCGUUACGAACGUGCUGGUGCCGGCGGCAGCCUCGCGCCUCACCGAGUCGGUGUUCCCGACCGAGUUCCAGCGGCUGCUGCGGCCGGCCCUGGUGGCGCCGGUGGUGGCGCUGCUCUGCCACGCGGACUGCCCGGCCAGCGGCGCCGUGGCGCCGGCCGGCGUUGACGUGGCGCGUGCGCUGCGGACGCGUCUGCCGCCGGCGCGCUACCAGUACCAGCCGCGCGACGCCAUCCUGUACGCACUGAGCAUCGGCGUCUCCCUGUCCGAGCCGCACGGUCUGCGCUACCUGUACGAGGCGCACGACAGCUACGCCGUGCAUCCCAUGUUCCCGGCGCUGUUCGUCAACGCCGUGGACUUCACGCGGCUCGCUUCGCUGCCCGGCUUCCCGAUGGACCUGUCUCAGCUUCUUCAUGGAGAGCAGUACAUGGAAUUGAAGAAGCCGUUGCCGUCCUCCGCCAUUCUGGACGUAGACUUCAAGAUCUCGGACAUUAUCGACAAGGGCGACAAGGGCGCGUUGGUGCUGCUGGACGUGCGGGCCUCGGACGAGGUCGGCGACGAGGUGGCCUACGUCCAGGUGACCAUCUUCCUCCGCGGCGCCGGCGGCUUCGGCGGCCACGCCAGGUCGGAGCACACCACCGCGUGCGCCAUCGUCCCGGACCGGGCGCCCGACGCCACGCUGCCGUACAGCACCUGCACGGACCAGGCAGCUCUGUACCGGCUCUGCGGCGACCGGAACCCGCUGCACAUUGACCCGGACUUCGCAGCACUGGGCGGCCAGGAACGGCCGAUUCUGCACGGCCUGUGCGGUCUGGGCGUCUCGGUGCACGCCAUACUGGCCCGGUACGCGUCGGAUCAGCCCGAGGCUCUCGUCAAGGUCAAGGCGCGCUUCGGUCCUGUGUUGCCAGGCCAGACCCUGCUGGUGGACACGUGGCGCGAGCCGGGCGCCGACCGGAUUGUCUUCCAGACGCGCGUCAAGGAGACGGGCCGGGUGGCCUUGUCGGGGGGUUACGUGGAGCUGCGCGCCACGGAGCCUGCCGCUGGAGCCGCCGGAGCC